CUCGGUGUAUGACCACAUCUGCCAUUCGUAGACUCUCAACUACACUUUCACAUUUAUCCAAAAACAUGUCGGAAUACGGUACUAGGCUCAUUGGAGCCGCAAACACUCUUGAACAUCGAGUGUUUGUGGAACAAUCCGGAAAGGUUGUUUCUCCUUUCCAUGAUAUACCUCUCUUCGCCGAUGAAUCCAAGACGGUCCUGAACAUGAUCGUCGAAGUACCUAGGUGGACCAACGCCAAGAUGGAGAUUUCAAAAGAGGAACCUUUCAACCCCAUCAAACAGGACAUCAAGAAGGGCAAAUUGCGCUUUGUCCGUAAUUGCUUCCCUCACCAUGGCUACAUCUGGAACUACGGUGCCUUCCCUCAGACAUGGGAAGAUCCCAACGUCAAACACCCCGAGACCGGCGCCAACGGUGACAAUGACCCCCUCGACGUGUGCGAGAUCGGCGAGGCUGUUGGAUACACUGGCGAGGUCAAGCAGGUCAAAGUGCUCGGCAUCAUGGCUUUGCUCGACGAGGGUGAGACCGACUGGAAAGUCCUCGUGGUCGACGUCAAAGACCCCUUGGCCCCUCGAUUGAACGAUAUCGAGGAUGUUGAGCGACACCUCCCGGGUCUGAUUAGGGCUACGAAUGAGUGGUUCAGGAUUUACAAAAUCCCCGAUGGCAAGCCGGAAAACGUCUUCGCUUUCAGCGGAGAGGCAAAGUCGAAGAAAUACGCAGUGGAGAUUAUUCAUGAGUGUCAUGAAGCGUGGAGGAAGCUGGUCAUGGGUGAGACUGCAGCCAGCAGCGAUGCGUACAAUCUCAGCAUCCUCAACACUACCGUCAAAGGCUCCAAGGGAUUCGUCAACACCUCCGACCCAAUUUACGCAUCCCUUCCUUACGACUCGCGUCAGCCCCCAGCACCGGUGGACCCUUCUAUCUCCAAGAGCUUUUUCAUCUCUUCCGCUUCUGCUUGAGAAGUGUUACAUAUGAUGGGAACAUGCGAUGCAGACUGUUGCCUCGGUGCUUC